CUAAAACUCUCCCAAUCACUAUAUCAAAUCACAUCAAAAUUAUUGACACAACAAAAUUAACUAAAAUCGUUAAUUACUCUACAUUAUAUGGAAGAAUAUAAAUUUUACUUUUACAUCAUAGAUGUCGGGGUAUUUCAAUAUCUAAAAAAACAAAAACAAAUAACACUACAAAAUUAAAAUGUCGAACAGCUGACUUUUUAGGUUAAAAAUUCAAUGCAAUCGUGAACACUCCGUGAACCAAAAAAAAAUAACUAAAAUAAAUAUGCUUUUAAAAUGCAUGCAAACGAUUCACCAUUUCAUUAAAAUACCCCAAACACACCAAAACAGUCGUCAAUUAUGGCAUUGGGUCAAUUUGACAUUUAACAGAGUUGACCAAGAAAGAUUGAGUAAAUUUGGACCGGAUAGAGUUUGUGCGGAAUGGAUUUUAAGAAACGGUGGGAAGGUUAAAUUUGUUGGCGUAAAAGACUACUUAUUUGAUUAUAACUUAUUACCACCUGAGGGAACAACACUACAGAUAAAAGAAGUAGAUGCGUCCUCAUCCAGUAUUAUGGACGUGGGCUUUGAUCAUUUCGUGGGAUGCAAACAAAUCUCCAAAAUUGUACUACAUGAUUGUAAUUAUUUGAAAGAUGGUUGCUUGAAGUUAUUGAAACCGUUGAAUCCAACAUUACGUAUUUUACAAGUUUCUAAAUGUGCGAACAUCACUGAUAAAGGAUUGCUGCAUUUAAGUGAAUUAACAAAUUUAUCAAACUUAGUAUUAUUUGAUUUGCAAUAUGUUAAAAAUACUCAUGGACUUGUUCACGAUUUAAAACUUGCAUUGCCAAAAUGUAACAUCAUGUACAAAACAUAAAACACCAAUUAUAUAUUUUAAAUGAA